AUGUCGGGAGCAAAGGCUGGGUUUGCGAUCGUGACGCCCGCGUCCAAGGGUUUGGGGUUCGCGUUUGCGCGUCAGUUGUUGGCGCAUACGGAUUUGCCGGUUGUUGCCACGGCGCGGAAGGAUUGCGAUGAAGUGAAAGGCAAAUUACUCGAUCGGCUGGAUCGGCCUGGAUCUGGCGAUCUGGGGAAACGAUUACAUGUGUUGCAGGUAGAUGUUACAAAUGAAUCUACGAUUGAGAGCUUGGCGUCCACGAUUCGAGACACAUACCCAGAUACACCUUUACGUCUAGCGAUCACUGUUCCUGGUAUUCUGAACGUGGAAAAAUCGCCGUCCCAGAUCGAUGCCGCUGCUGCGCUGGAGAGCUUCAGGGUCAACUCCCUCGGCCCGAUGUUGCUCAUGAAGCACCUCUCCGGGCUCUUGCCGACCAAAUCUGCUGCGCCGUUUCUUGAAUCAACAACUCAUGAAGCGAACUUCAAGUUACCUACGCACGCUAUCUACGCUAUGAUGGCUGCGCGCGUGGGCUCCAUCUCUGACAACGGCUUUGGCGGGUGGUAUUCCUACCGUGCCAGCAAAGCAGCCGUCUUUCAGCUGGCCAAGACAUUCGACUUAUUCUUAAGAACACGAAGCAAGGAGCGAGCACUGGCUGUAGCAAUGCAUCCUGGGACGGUACAGACGGACUUUACGAAGGACUACCAGGAUGGAAGAGAGAUGAUUACGCCGGAUGACUCGGCGGCCAGACUAUUGGACGUGAUCUGCGGUAUUAAGCCCGAGACAAACGAGGGACGGGGAAAAUGCUGGGACUGGAAAGGAGAAGAGGUUCAGCCUUGA